GUCUAGCCCUACUCGACGUCGCGUGACAGCCGACGACGAUGGACACGCUUGUGGAGCGCUCGUUGACCAAGAUCCGCAAGCUCACGGGCCGCAGCCAGCGCGACCUGCGCGAGGCCUGCGACGCGAUCCUGACCAAGAUCGCGUCGGCCAAGAGCGCGGGCCCGAGCCACCUCGAGGAGGCCGAGGUCUUCUGGCCGCUCCUCCUUGCGAUCCUGGGGCGCCAGCCCAAGCAGGCGUCGCAGGCGCUCGACUGCAUCGAGAAGCUCAUCUCGUACGGGUACCUCCGCGGCAGCGGGAACGUGACGCCGUCGAUUGCCGAGAAGCUGCCCAUGGGCGCCGCCAAAGACAAGGAGACUGACGACGCGAACGCCAAGGUCACGCUCAUGGACGCGGUCGUGACUGCGAUUUGCAGCUGCAACGACCACCACGACGAAGAGGUCCAGCUCCAAGUGCUCAAGGCCGUGCUGCAAGCCGUCACGAGCCAGAAGUGCGAGGUCCACGAGCACUCGCUCCUCAAGUCGGUUCGCGCGUGCUACCACAUCCACCUCGUGAGCAAAAACACGAUGAACCAGACAGUUGCCAAGGCCACGCUGCAGCAAAUGGUCAGCGUUGUCUUCCAGCGUAUGGAGUUGGCCGAAGAGGAAGCCGCGCGGGCGGCCAAGCCGUGCGAGACCAAGCCGCGUGAGACCAACGAUGCUGGCAUUGCGACGCAGCGCAGCGAGUCGUCGUCUAGCAUGGACAAGCUCUUUGUCGCGUCGGCCAGCCAGCCCAUGUACCCCGAUGUCAUGCGCUGCCUGCAGAUCGAGUACCACGAAACGCCAAUGAAGGCGCCUCCGCUCGGCCUCGAAGCACUGGUGAUCGACGACGACGACGCUGCUGCGUCCAAGACACCGGCGAUGCCCGCCUCGAACGCCUUUACCUCUUCGUUCCAGAAGGAUGCGUUCUUGCUUUUCCGGUCGCUCUGCCGCAUCUCGAUGCGGUCGCUGGCCGAAGACGCCGCAUCAGGGGCGUCGACGAGCAUGACAAGCGCGGGCCCGAACCAAGGUGCGGACGACCCGUUUGCGUUCCAGAGCAAGCUCGUGUCCCUCGACCUGCUCCUCUCAAUCCUCAACCACAGCGGCCCGGCGUUCCGGAGCAGCGACAAGUUUCUCCAGCUCGUGCGGCAGUACCUCUGCGUCUCGCUGUUGCAGAACUGCACGUCCAACUACACGCAGAUCGUCGAGCUGAGUCUCCGCGUCUUUGUCGAGCUCAUUGCGCAUUUCAAGGCGCACCUCAAGGCCGAGAUUGAGGUGUUCAUCACCAACAUCUUUCUUGGGAUUCUCGAAAGCGAGAAUUCGAGCUUGGACCACAAGCUGCUCGUGCUCGAAGUGCUCAAGCAAAUCUGCGCCGACGGCUCGAUUCUCGGCGAGAUCUUUCUCAACUACGACUGCGAUUGGAACUCGAUGGAUCUCUUUAAGCGCAUCGUGAAUGCGAUUUCAAAGAUCGCCAAGGGCAAGAAGGACGCACCGGGCGCGACGGCCAACGGCGCCAACCAAAAAGUCCGUGGCGCGAUCUUGCCCGAGACGAUGCUCGUCAUCAAGGGCCUCGACUGCUUGACCGCGACGGUCGCGUCGCUUAAAAAGUCGGCCAAUUUCACCGCCCUAGACAAGAAGGAGAAGGAAGCGCUCGAAGCACGCGAUGACUCGGACGACGACGAAGCCACUGGUGGCGAGAAACCGGCGCCGGUACACGCACCCAGCACGCCGCACCACUUGUCGCCUGUCGAAGCGUUUGACCGCAAGAAGAAGCUCCAGGAAGAGCUCGCCGAAGGCAUUCUCAAGUUCAAUCUGAAACCCACCGACGGCAUCAAGUUCCUCGUCGCGCGCGGUCACAUGGAAAACGCGCCAAAAGACGUGGCCCGGUUCAUCCACGAGCACAACGCGCGCUUGGACAAGACGAUGGUCGGCGACUACCUCGGGAAAGAAGUGCAGUACCAGAACGGGUUUUGUCUCAAAGUGCUCCACGAAUUCGUCGACGUGAUGGAUUUCGGGGGCAUGGAGAUUGACGUGGCGAUCCGUCAUUUUCUCGCCGGCUUUCGCCUUCCCGGCGAGUCGCAGAAGAUCGAUCGGAUGAUGGAAAAGUUUGCCGAGCGGUUUUGCUACCACAAUCCAGGUGUCUUUACGUCGGCGGACACGGCGUUCAUUUUGAGUUUCUCGAUCAUUAUGCUCCAGACGGAUCUGCACAAUCCGUCCGUCGUGGAAGAGAAGAAGAUGAAGAAGCACCAAUUCAUCGGCAACAACCGCGGCAUCAACAACGGCGAAGACCUUCCGCCCGAGUUUCUCAGUGGCAUCUACGACCGCAUCAAGGAAACGCCGAUUUCGCUCAAGGAGGACCUCGAUCUGCAAAAGAAGUUUACGCCUCAAAACGGCAACGUCCAGUCGACCGACAAGCAGCGCCGCGAAGCGUACGGGAAGGAACGCGAGGCCAUGGUCAAGCAGUCGGAAGCCAUUUUCAACGGCAGCAACAAGAUGCAACCCGCGGGCUUUCAGCUCAUUACGGAGCAAACCGAAGUGUCGUACGUCCGCCCGAUGUUUGAGAUUGUGUGGGCGCCGCUCUUGGCGUGCUGCAGCGUCAUUUUCGAGACGUGCGACCAAGCGAGCGCGGUUGCCUUGUGCCUCGACAGCUUCAAGCACGCGAUCCACCUCAGCUCUCGGCUCAACAUGCCGUCGGAGCGUGACGCGUUCGUGUCGAUUCUGUCCAAGUUUACGGGUCUCUCGACGUCCAACUCGCGCGAAAUCAAAGCCAAGCACGUCGAGGCGAUCAAGGCGGUGGUCGCUGUCGCUGUCAAGGAAGGCAACCAUCUCGGGGAUGCCUGGCGUGAGAUUUUGCAAUGCCUCUCGCACCUCUCGCGGCUCCAAGCGGUGGCCGAAGGCGCGGGCACCGACCCGCAUUUCUUCAAGCAGACGACGACACCAACGCCCAGCCUCGCGACCCCUGGACUCGGCGGCUCGUUCAAGCUCUUUGCACGGGGCAGUGUGGCCAACGGCGUGCUCGGGGUGGCAGGCGCGCCGUCGCCGUCGCCGUCGACGUUCGAAGACCUCCUUAUCUCGCACGCGGCGCUCGAGGAGGAGAACGCGGCGCGCGUCACGGCCGAGAUCGACCCGCUUCAAGUCGACCGCGUCUUUAGCUCGAGCGUGCACUUGAGCAACGCCGCGAUCCAAGAAUUUCUCUUGCAGCUCUGCGUCGUCUCGCUCACCGAGUGUGCCGGUGUCUCUGGCCGCGUCUUGAGCUCGCGCGAUAUGAACCAAAGCGCGGCGCCCCGUGUCUUUUCGCUCCAAAAGCUUGUCGAAGUCGCGGACAUGAACAUGCACGCUCGGUCCCGCGUCGUGUGGGCUGCCAUGUGGAAGGUGCUCUCGCGCCACUUUACAGCCAUUGGCUGCGACGACAAUCUGAGCAUCGCCAUGUACGCGAUCGACUCGCUCAAGCAGCUCAGCAUGAAGUUUCUCGAGAAGGACGAGCUCCGGGACUUUAACUUUCAGCGCCUCUUUUUAACGCCGUUCGAGAUCAUCAUGGCCAACGCCAUGUCGAUGGAGAUCCGCGAACUCGUGCUGAGCUGCGUGCAAAACAUGAUUCUGGGCCGUGUCCGCAACAUCAAGUCGGGCUGGAAGACGAUCUGGGGCGUCCUCCGCGUCGCGGCCGAGACGUACGACCACCUCGACGGCGACGACCGCAUUGUACAAAUGGGCUUUGCGAUCUCCAAGAUGAUUCUCGAGACACAUUUCGACCGCGUCGUCUCGGUCUUUGUGGACGCGAUCGAAUGUUUGCUGGCGUUUGCCGUCUGCGGCGUCGAAGAAGCGUCGGAUGUGGCGGCCAAUAGCAACUUGACCAAGAUGGCGAAGGAAGCCAUCCACGUGCUGGAAGUGUGCCUCACGCAGCUCGCGACCGGCCACGUCAUCGAACAAGUGCACACCGACUCGCCAGCCAAGCGCACGACGUUCCGAUCGCAGCUCGCGCUGCGCACGCACGUGCUCAAUAGCGCCAACGAGGACGCGAUCCGGUACCAAAAGGAAGAAUCGGCCGACGACCUCGUGAGCGACGCGCCCAUGUCGCCGCGCGUGACACCCGUCACGGCCAUCUACACGGACUCGCAGCUGCACACGCGUCUUUGGUGGCCCAUCUUGACGGCGCUUUCGACGCUCAGCUGCGACAAGCGCGUCACCGUGCGCGUGAUGGCACUCGAUACACUCUUUAGCUCUCUGCACCGACAUGGCCCGAAGCUCUCGCCGGGUCUCUGGAGCAUUGUCUUCAAGGGCGUUUUGAUUCCGCUCAUUGGCGACAUUCGCGUGCUCGAGUCGACGUGGCCGGAUGCAAAGGGCAGCGCGGCCACGAGCACGAGCAAGAUGGCGCUGCUCAAGGUCGCCCACCUCUUUGGCGUCUAUUACGACGCGAUCGGCUUUCUCCCCGAGCUGCUCUUUGCGCUUUCGGCGUGCAUGGUCGACGAAUCUGGCGUGCGCGGCCGCCUCGACGCGUCGACGCUCGAGACGCUUCUCGUCACGCACGGCAGCAAGUUUCCCGAAAACGUCUGGGGCCUCAUUGCCGACGAGCUUCGCCAUGUGAUGCAGCUCACGCAGCCCACGUGGUACGAUAUGACGACGCUACAUGAUGCAUGGUCCAAGAGGAUGAUGGUAUGUAGGGUGCUGGCGGAUGCGCCGGCCAUUGCGUCGCCCCGGGCGACCGCGCCCAUCUUGUUUUCGCCGCGGUCGCGCAAAGAGACGUACCCGCCAACGUUCAUUUCCAUGUAUCCGAGCGUCCUCGCUGCGCUGCACUUCAAGUUUCACUCGCUCCCGCGCACGGAGGAAGCGCGCCCGGCGACGGGGUAUCCGAGCAAGAACCACCUCCUCGUGCACCUCUCGCUGCAGGUCGCGAUCGGCCACGUGCUCUCGAGCAAGCUCCCGGCCGGCCUCGCGGUCUCGGACGGCCACUUUGACGCGCUCCUGCAGAGCCUGCGCGAGAGCUACGUCUUUGCGCGCAAGGUGAACGACCGCAUGGACGUGCGCACGACGCUGACGCGCGCGGGAUGGGUCUACCCGAUGGCCAAGCCCGAGGCGGACCUCAAGUCCAACUUGCUACCCCAAGAGCUGAACGGGAAGCGCGAGUACCUCAAGGUGCUGUUCAGCCUCCUCGCGCACACCAAUGACGAGGCCAAGAAAACGGACGCACGCCGUCAAAUGACAGAUUUGGUCAAGCGUGUGCUGUGCGAGUACCUGCAAUGGAGCCGGCACAACAGCAGCAGCGCCGAGCACGGCACCGAGACGACGGACGUGACGCUCGACGAGCAGUGGCGGUCCAUUAGCUACGUGCCGGCGGUCGUCGACAUUCUUGUCGCGCUCGAAGGGUGGCCGACGGACGAGUGGAAGCGCCACGUCCAGUGGCUGUACCCGCUGCUCAUCGACCUCAUCAAGACCAACGACAAGGACGUGCGCAACGCGCUGCACACGGUCCUCGCCCACAAGGUUGGCUCGUUGCUGGCGUAG